AUGCCGUCAUGUUCAUCUCUGUUAUGGAUGCUAUGGAUCUCCGAUGAAAGAACUAACCGCCAGCGUUCACUAUCAUCAACGGUAACUGGUCUGGUGCUGACACUCAAUAUGUUGGCAGUAGCAGUUCGUACAAUUUCCUGUCAAGAGGAUCCAAGAAGUUUCGAGAUCCGAUCGUUAUCCGGUGAGCCAGACUACAAAUCAGUCAACUUAACAUGGGAGGUGGAAAGUGUGCACCAAGAUGACGGUGAACAAUUUGCAUUGAACAAAGGACGAUCAGCUAAACUCUCGGCUAUCGUGGAUGCGCGUGAUCGGCGAGCAUUCAAAGUGUUUUAUUGUGAAUUGCAAAACUGGGGACCUCAUCGCUGUCGAUCAAAACUUGUAACGGAUGAAUAUGGCAUCAGACAGAACAACAUGUAUUCACUGUUGGUGAAGAAUCUCCGGAUGGCAACCAAAUAUUCGUUCCACGUUCAGCCGUUAGCGAUGAAGAGCGAACACCAAACAACAAGAUCUACAACGCUCUCUCGAAACCAAGGUCAAACUAUAAUCAUACCAACCAAAGCAUUUUCAGCACACGCCACGCAAUGUUUACCACACGCAUCAGAAAUCGAAGUAGAAACCGGUCCGUUCUUCGGUGGCCGCAUUAUCGCUGAGAACGGAAACUGUGGCAUUCAAGGAGAUGCAUCUAGCCCACAGACUUUCUACACUAUGCGCAUCGACCAUGAGAAGUGUGGUAGCAAAGUGAGCACGAAUGAUUUGACGGUUGAGACGUAUAUUACUGUUCAAGAGAAUUUGGGUAUUUUGACCCAUAGCACCCGUCGAUUCGUGGUAGUAUGUACUUUCCAACCUGAUAUGCUGACGGUGCGAGCCAGACUGGCUUUACCAGCCAAAGGAGGAAGUGCAGCAGUUCCCGUUCCUUCUUCCACCGCUUGGUGGCCAGAAAAUGGUAGAAAUGCACGUGUACGACAAUUUAACAUGAUCGACAAAACUGGUCUCGUACUAAAACAGGAAGGGCACUCGUACGGUGUUGAAUCUGAGCAAUCGGAAUUGCAGGACAGUGAUAAUCAAGCAGUUGUAAGAGAACUCUCGAUGACGCAAACAGCAGAAUCAAGCGCUGAAUCGCGGGUGAAUAUCCUUUUGUCUGUGGUAAAGCCAACGAAUCCAGAAGAGCCGCAUGUGACAGAGCAUAAUCACGUCACAGAUCGCGGUCGUUUCUUAGUUGGAGCUGAGCUUGAUCACCGGUACAGCCAGAAACAUGCAGCCGAGUCUGACAAAACGAAUGGUAUUGAGUCUAAAUCGGCAGUAAGUUCAGAACGUCAUUCUUCUAGUGGCGUAGUAGGGGGAGGACAUACAGGAGCCCUCUCGGUGCAAGUGUUCGAUGCUACAGGGCUUCUAAUAUCCGCCUGUUUGGCUGUGAUACUAAUUGGUGCCCUCGUUUAUUUGCUACAACGCGAGUUAAAAAAGCAGCGCAUGAUCAACCAACACCAUCAGAUAAAACAAACUGCUUCCGAGCACCAAGUAGGAGCAACGGAAUGCGAUGCUAUGUAGACUAUAGCUGCUUGAACAUGGACAUAGACUGCAACACCGACAGCAUCUCAGAGUCGUGAUAAGUGAUUGGGUAUUUUCUUGCCGAAUAUCUGACAUAAGAUAUAAUUCAGUCCUGAAAUUUUAAAUCUCCAGUCUCCCAUUCCCUAUGGUAUAAACUA